AGAUCUUGAUUCAAUUGUUCCUUCGGCUUCUUCACUUUUAUCCAAUUUUUUCACUCACUAUUCGAGAAUGUCCUAUCAACAUGAAGUCGUCAAGUAUGCCCCAACUGAAGACAACGAAAUUCAUGCAUUGAUACGUGGCAAACCGUCAUUCUGUAAAGCUAAUAUUCGAGUUAAUACACAGCAGUUCCAAGAGAGACUUACCUACCUUGACAAACGAUAUGAUCAUCUUCGGAAAAUGACACAUUCACUGAGAAAGAAAGUUAAUGAACUUGAGGACAUAAUGCGAUUGGACAAUGACGAGGAGAACAUGGAUACCAUUCAAAAGUUAUUGGACGAAAUCAAACGAGAAAAACAAUUGAUGCGUGACGAGGCACAUAUAAUCAAAGGAGAACUAUCAAAAACCAUGUAUAAUGAGGAUUUAAGAUCAAAAAUUCUAAACUUCAUCGAUCAGUUUGAGUGUUUCUGGUAUGAUGACAACGAACGUAGAUUGGCUGGCGAAUGGAAGAAAAUUGACGCAGACAGAAAAAGCUCUGCGGCCGAAUCCGAAGCUUCUUCGUCAAUGAUUGGUGAUGAUGACACCCCGUCAACGUCUUCAGAUGGACACAAACCGUAUCGGGAGACCAGCAUGUGAAUAAUGAGGGAAAUUUUAUCGAAAAUAAUUUGUAUAUUGAAGUUUGAAACUUGUUCCAAAUAUCUCUCCCAGUAUAUUAUUUACAUCGAUUCUUUUGUUUUUUUUUUGUAGUUUGUUCGCUCAAGGGUAACUCGUUCAAAAUGCAAUAAAGUUUAGUUGAUUUUAA